AAGGAAAUGAAGAUGGGGAGACAGUUAUUGUUGAAAAAGACCAUUUUAUGGAUGAUUUUUUCCAACAGGUUGAGGAACUUAGAAAUAAUAUAGCAAAAAUAGCACAAAAUGUGGAAGAAGUGAAGAAGCAGCACAGCAUUAUCCUGUCAGCACCAAAUCCUGAAGGAAGAACAAAGGAAGAACUUGAAGAAUUAAAUGAGGAAAUAAAGAAGAUUGCUAAUAAAAUCCGAGCCAGGUUAAAGGCUAUUGAACAAAGUUUUGAUCAGGGUGAAAAUGCUAAUCGGACAUCAGCGGACCUCAGGAUAAGAAAAACACAGCACUCUGUAUUAGCUCACAAGUUUGUGGAGGUCAUGACGGAAUACAACGAGACCCAAACUCUUUUUCGAGAACGCAGCAAAGGUCGGAUACAGAGACAAUUAGAGAUAACUGGAAAGACCACCACUGAUGAGGAACUGGAAGAAAUGUUAGAGAGUGGUAAUCCUUCAAUUUUCACUUCCGAUAUUAUAUCAGACUCUCAAAUAACUAGGCAAGCUCUGAAUGAAAUUGAGUCACGUCACAAGGAUAUUAUGAAACUGGAAUCUAGCAUACGGGAACUACAUGAAAUGUUUAUGGACAUGGCAAUGUUUGUUGAGACUCAGGGCGAAAUGAUCAACAACAUAGAAAAGAACGUGAUGAAUGCAUCAGAUUACGUGGAACAUGCAAAAGAAGAGACAAAAAAGGCAGUUAAAUAUAAAAGUAAAGCACGAAGGAAAUUGGUGUUCAUAAUUAUAUGUGUAACUGUAUUGCUUCUGAUACUUGGAAUUAUCCUAGCAACAACACUAUCAUAGCAAGCACAUUCCAAGAGUUACGAACCUUCAGAAACUCCAAAAUACAUCUUCAGUAAAACCAAACCUUUUUUAACAAAAGAUGCCUUACACUGUUCCAUGAUGAUGACCUAUCACUAAUGGUUAAAAAUGAAAACAAAAUCGCUCUUAAUGUUUACUCAUAAAUGAAGAUCAGAAUGUAUUAGGAUACGUAUGGCUCUUCAUCAUAAACUAUACAUUUGUAAGACGGAAACUUGCUCUUAAUUGUUUUGAACUAAAAUAACUUAGGGCUUUUUUCAUAUCUCAGUGUUACAACAGUUUAAAUAGGGAGUUGAGAGACUAUUGAGUUUGACUGUUUGGCUUUUUUCCUAUCGCUAAUACAAUUCUAAUCAUGAACUUUAGUACCUUACCAGUGCUGCUUUUGUUAGCGCUCUUGUGAACGUUUUUGUGAGGUGUAGCCUUGUCUCUGUGUGUUAAUUAUUUAGUCACUUUAACCUAUCUCAGAUUUAUACCUAAAAAUCUUUUCUCCAACAAGUGCUAAAAUACUUUAUCCUGAAAAGACUACUUAUUUAACUGUCUGCCUAUUGCGUUACACUUGAGAAGAGAAAAAAAAAAAGGCUUUUUUCCACUUUCCAGGGUUUUUAUUUUUUUCUUUCAAUGUGACUAAGGUUAAUUGCUUUAAAUAUUUCUUUGCCUUUAUAAUAAAAAGUUAGUUGCAACAUUUCUGGUAAAAGAAUGCAGUAACGAAGCACACCAAAUUUGAACUUGAGCAGAUAAUUUUACAAAUAAUCCUUGUGCAAAGGAAACUGAUGGAUCAGUUUAGCCUUAUUGUUCAUACGAAUAUGACAAAAAUCACACUUUUUCCUCUAUAAAGCCAAGUCAACGUUUCUUACUCAGAUGCUUGCUAAUGUGUGAAUAUAGCACAUAGGGAUAAACUCCCUCAGGAAAGUCUGAAACAUAAUACAAACUAAGACACUGAUUUGUUACGAAAUGUGUGUGUUCUAGAACAUAUAUGAAGUGUUUUAGUGUAUACAUACCUAUUGUAAUGCUAGCUUGCAAGACUUGAAAGCUUGAAAGACUUCAAAUGUAACCAAAUAACUGCAUUUAAUGUUACAGGUUAUUUUUGUAUUUUGUGUGUAAAAUAUUUGUAACUUGAAUUUUUGACUUCUGGUUGUUUAAGGAUACCCAUGUAGAUAUGUAGAUAUAUUUACACUGUAAGACAAUUAGAGGAAAGUAUAACGUGUGCCUUUUUAAACAGUCUAAAACUACACUUGUCAGUGUUUCCAAAUAUAGAACUAUGAUGUUAACUGCAAUAACUCGCUCCUAAAAGGUUAGAAUCCUUAAACUUACGUUCUGUUGAAAGUGUCUGAUCUCAGAGUGACUCAGUAAACUAUAAUUCAGUCUGACUUAAUGAAAUUCAGCAAAGUUUACAAUUUGUGUUGUAUGUAUGAAUAUUCCUGCUUUGCUGCCCAAAUACACUGUGAAUGUGCUGGAGCUAUUCAGAUGUCAAACAUGUUUAAAAAAGAAAAAAAAUAUUACUAUUGGCCUUGUUGCAAGUCGGCCAUAAAGAAGCCGCUUGAAAAGCUUCGGCUUCAUUAGUGAACAAAUUUCUUUACCUCUACGUCCAGAACACUCACCGAUGUUUGUGAGGAAGUUUACAUGCAAAGUAAGGAAAGAUUGGUUGCCUUAGUGCUCGUUCUAGGUAAAAUAUAUUUUUAUUCUAUAGUUUUCUAGAUUUUUAUCAGUAAAUAUUAUUUAUACAGAUAAACAAAUUAAAUUGGGGGGAAAAAACCAGUUCUGCUGUUUAACAGCUGGUUACCUAAAAUGAGCCCCAAAAUCCUGUCAUGUUGAAUUUUUUUAUUUAUAAUGCAAUAAUUUGCCCAUCAAGACCAGAAAUUUGAAUAGGCCACUCCGUACUUUUUACUUGUUGUAUAGCUGCCUCAAUGAGUUUGUUUUAAAACAAAACAAAACUUGUUCUUCACAUGAACCUCUUUGUUCUCUUAAUAUUGGAGGGGAGUAAAUCUCUAACCUAUGCACUAAUAAAUUUAUCUAAGCAAGU